AUGCUAAGACCGGUGUAUGGAAGACAGCGACGUUAUGCCUCUCCAAGUUUAAGACUAUUCGCCAGCGAAGGUACCAAUCAGGCCUUUACUUUCUCGGGCAUCCAAGUAUUUGGUCGUAUGAUCGGUGAGGCGUCGACGAGAGUUACCAGGUCUUAUAGAUUGAUCGUCGAGGUAGCGAGGCUACGAGCGAAUUUACCAGUUCUUGAUGUGAAAGUCAGAAAGUCUCGCGGUGAUCUCAGCGGUGGCGAAGGGCUCGCCGAGGUCCUCUGGCUAUUGGAGGACGUAUCGGGGGAUGCAGAAGGGACGAGCAACCAGAUAGAGGAUGAAGAUAUUGCGGAAUACAACCACGAAUCACGACGUGCCAAUAAUACUGGAGUCCUAAGCAAGAUCGGCAAGACCAGAGAUAGACAGAUGGCUUUCCUGGGCCUCAAGCAUAAUCCUGAAACUGCUUCUUGA